UAUAUAUUUCUCGAGUAAAACCCUGUGGACACAAAACCCCCCUUCGUUUUUCACUUUCAGCUCUGCUACGUCUUCUUUCUCAUAACUUUUCCAGUCACCGGAGCUUAAAUCGGCCACCGGGUAUGGACGGCUUGGAUGACCUAGAUAAACCGAGCCAGGUCCCUUCGCGACCCUCAAAAUACGCGCCGAAAUCCGCCAAAUUUAAACCCCAGCCCAAAACGAAACCGAACCCGAAACCAGACCCGCAACUGCCGUCUUCAAAUUCAGAACUGCAGGAACCUCAAAACGCACCGCUUUCCAAGAAAAAUGAAGAUGAUGAAGAAGAAGAAAUUAAACCUAAAAUCAUUUCCACACCUAAAAAUGAAGCAUGGUUAUCAAAUAAUGGCGCUGUAAAAAUGGAAAUUGAUGAUUCUAUGGAUGAAGAUAAACGCGAAGAAGGAGAAAAUGAAGAAGAAGAAGAAGAAGAUAUGAUAGUUCGUGAAAUUGAUGUAUUUUUUACACCUUCUAUUGACUCAGCUACUCAGCUUUAUGUUAUGCAAUAUCCAUUGCGCCCUUGCUGGAGGCCUUAUGAAUUAGACGAACGUUGCGAGGAGGUUAGAGUGAAACCGCAAAGUACAGAAGUGGAGGUUGAUUUGACUAUAGAUGAUUCCAGCAAUUGGGACCCUGCUCAAGCUAGCAAAUACAAUUUUAAAAAGCAGACUCUAUCAACUUCAUUUAUGCCGCCUCGUGUCACUGGCUAUGCUGUUGGAGUUCUAAUAGGUAACAAGCUACACCUGAAUCCCAUUCAUGCAGUUGUGCAGCUUCGACCAUCAUUGGAACAUGUUAAUUCCAAUGAUUCAAAGAGGAAGAAUAGUGCCACGCUCAAUCCAGAGGUUAAAUUGGAAGAUUCUAAUGAGGGGAAGCCUAUUGGUUCAUCAAAGAAGCAGAUCAAGCGCAUGGAGGUGACAAAUAAUCAGAUUUCAGAUUCUGAGGAGUGUUGGAUUUCGCUCAAGUACCAUGGCUCCAAGAGUGACUUCUCUUCUAGAUAUUUAGAGAAAAUGAUUGCUCAAGAAAGCUCUCCAAUGGAGUUCACAAUGGCCCCGUAUGAUUAUAUGAGUUCACUGUGUCCAGUAGCAUCCAACGAGAAAACUAAGUCUAAAGGUCCUCCGAGAAGGUUUUUGCUUUCAUUGCCACUGGCAGAGCGUCUCAAGAAAUUGAUUUUAGAGGGGCCUCCGGUUCAACGGUUUAGUGUUCUUAAGCACUUUGCGCCAGAUGACAGUGUUGAAGAUGUCUUAAAAGUUCUUCAGGAAUACGGGCAAUUGGUGCAGGGGCUUUGGGCUCCAAAGAGUUCUUUGCUGUUUCCAGAUGCAAAUAGUAAACAGGGGAUUAGAGAUUAUGUUCUUCUUCUAUUUAGUAAAAAUCUGGUGAUAAACUCUUCACAGGUUAACUUCCCAGUCAAGAUUAAAGAAGAGAUUAAGAGCUUCCUUAAUUUGUUUGCUGUCGAAAGGCCUUCCUUUAAGGAUUGGAAGUUUAAAGAGCAUACAGAUACAACAUUUAUAAAGCUCUACCCAGAUAUUGUUAAAAAGCAAGAAGAAGCUUGGGACAACACAGAGAAAAGGUUAAGUAAGGUUUUUGAUCGAAGUGGAAAAGCUAGUAUGAAGAAUGCUAUACCAAAGCCCCCCAUGGUUCAUAAUACUGUAAAACAUUUGGAUUCUGAAAAAAGCAUGCCCAAAAUUGCAAGUGGAAUGAGAAGGCUGACUAAAACAACUAUAACAGUUGAAACUCGAGAAGCUUUACUGAAGGCCCUGCCAAAAGUUUUUCAAAGUCACAAAGUUUGCAGCUUUCAGUUGAUUUGCCAAGGUUUGCGGGACUUGGCUGUUUCUCAAUCUACUCUUCCAAAAGCUGAUCCCAGAAUUGCUGUAGCGGCAGCCUCUGGUGCUGAUGCUCCUCCGGAGGAGCUUCAGGAAAUCAUAAGCCAAGUGGCAACUAAUAUUCAUGGUUUUUAUGUUUUGAAGUCAUCACCAGAACACCCACAAUAUGAUGAAUUAAGGAAAGUCAUAAUAGAUCUCCUAUUGGCACGAGGCCCCAAUGCAAAGCUUAAGAAGGCUGAAGUCUUUGAGGCAGCCAGGCUUGCUUUUAAGAGAGAUGUUACCAACAUUGAGUACAACAAGGUCAUGACUGAUUUUUGCGAAUCCAAAGGUUCUGCAUGGGUAUUGAAGAGUGGUGACGGAAAGCCCGCAUGAUAGAGAAAAUUAGUUGGAAGUGUAUACAAGAGCCCUUUGUCAAGCUAUGCUCGUGACUUUCUGGAAAGAAAUAUGACCAAACACUUCUGAAAGAUACAAAAUCAGAAAUUACCUGCAUUUUACUCAGGAUAACAAGCAAGAUUUGUGUUCCAAACUUGAAACUGCCGAAGCAAAGCACUUGAAAUUUCCUAGACCGUAGGCAUUGGUGCGGAAGCUACAAAUGAGAGUGAAUAUGGUUCAGGCAAUGAUCUAGAUGAAGAUCAGAAAAGAGAUUUUCAACCAGACUGAUGGAUGUGGUCCAAUGUGCUGCGAUGAUUGAAAUUCUGACAAGAUUCAUCAAAUAGAUUGCUGUUAAUUUUGAUUCAGGUUGACCAUUUUUGAGCUGCUCUUAUCACUUGUUCCAUGUGGUGUCUCCAAUAAACUCCAUCCUUCUUUUUCCAAGUUCAAUAUUGCCCUGAACACAUGGAAAUUCAUUGAAGUUUCCGUGCUUUGUGCUUUGUGAUUGCAUUUCCAAUUUUAUUUUUUAGGAAGAAGAUUCUGAUUUUAAGUCUUUUCUUUUUUAUAAAAAAAAGUUAGAUUUCAAUCA